AUUUUUUUUGACAGAAACACUAUAAAAAAAGUUAUUAAUAAUGGACGACAAAAAUAUGAUGAAUAUUGAUACGGUGAUGGAAGAUAUGCAGAACUUUUUAAACGGUUCUGCAAAUACAGUAAAAAGUACCGAAAUCGCAAAAGAAGUGCGGCUGGUGGAGAUUGGCCCAAAUAAUCCAGCUUAUUGGGCGGAAAUAUUCAGAAAGCAAGCCAACAAUUUGCCAGAACCUCCUCAGUAUAAUCGCGAAAUAAGGGAUAAUGAACAAAAUAAAAGCAAUAGGAAAGCCGAAGCAGAAAAAGAAGACGAAGAAAAAGAAAGACAAAUCUGGAUAAGGCAGAGGAGAGAAGAAGGAAGAAUGAGAGAGCAGAGAAUCAGAGAGGAAAGAAUGAGAGAGAAAAGAAUUAGAGAGCAGAGAAUAAGAAGAGAAAUGGAAGUGACUCCGAGAGUGGAAGAAGAUACGGGGAGGAAUAGGGGAAGAAUGAAUAGAAGUAGGAGUAAAAGUAGAGACACAUACAGCAGAAGGCGACAUGAAAGACAAGAAGAAAGAAGAGAAAGGGAUAGAACUAGAAGUAGGGAUAGUUAUGAAAGUAGGAGGGGAGAUAGAGGGGAAGAAGUUCAUAACAGAGGAAGGAUACGUGGACGCGGCAGAGGAAGGGACGAGAGGAUGGGGAACGGUGGUCGAUAUGUCCAUCCUCAUCGUGGUCGCGGACGUGGGCGUCGGGAAAUUGCAAACACCCAGACAUCAAGACGACAGCCACAGCAAGUUGGGUCUGGUGUUGUUGGGUGUUUGCAAUUUAACAACAUUGCGUCUAUGGUUGAGUUUACAAAACAAUUUUUCAAUAAAUAAUUUUUUCCUUAAAUCUGUACUUCUUAAUACUUAAUAUAUGUAUUGUUUAAGUUUUGUUUAUCAUUUCUUCAAAAAAAAAAUCAACGAGUGCAAAAUAGAUGACAAUUAUUAAUUAAACACAAAAAGUGGUGUCUUAUAAGGGCCUAGAAUUCCUUCAGCUAUUCUAUGAUUGAUAUGGGUAAAAUAAACCGUUUAAAUAAAAUAAGCGUCACUUGCCUUAACAACCCCUGCAAUAAAAUUAAUCUUAUUCUACUAUACUUACCCUAUGUCGCCAAACCCUAAAUUGAAAAACAAAAACAGAACAGAACUAUAUGAAUUUUGCUGCCAAAUUAUUUAAUUAUAUAAUGUAUCGAACCGACCGUGCAAAAAUAAAUUUAGUGCGCCCAUAAGAUGCCAUGCUGAGAAGUCAGUCAAAUUCAGAUGUCAAUGUCAACCCAACAAAACAAUAACAUAAUUCACCUUGAGAAAUUAUUAUUAUUUUUUAACUAAUAUUUAUUAAAAACACAUAAUUUACAACUUCUUAAUUCGCAUACCUAUAUGUAUUUUAUCAGUUGGUUAGGUAUGAUUUGUUUUCAUCCUGGUCAACAAUUCAACAGCUAUGGGACCCAUUAGUUGUAAACCAGAAAGAAUUGCAUGUUUUAACUGCUGAUUAGUCUACCAUACAACUAGGAAUAAAUAAGCUAAAUAAAGUAUGUUAAGAUUCCUAAGAGAUCAUGAAAUGUGUUUGAUAGGGCUCAGACCAGGCACUUAAGGACAUCCAUCGAGAAAUCAUUGAGAUUCUACCAUAUUGAUGAAAUCGGGAAACCAGGAAAAACUGCCUGACUUUACUGUUGAUUAGACUACCCAGCCAGAAAUAAAUAAGAUUCAUAAAGUAUGUUAGGAUUCUCCAGAGAUCAUGAAAUGUGUUUGAAGGGAUAGGUGCAGUGAUAUGAGGAAGGAAACAAAAAUUAGAAGUAAACAGGAAUCUAAAUGUGACACAAAUUGUAAACUUUUUUGUUGUGAGUAAAACGGAGCAGUAUUUUAAUAAAGUUCCAUUUAUUACUGGAUUUUUUCACCAGAAGAUGGAUGCAUUUAUAAUUUAUAUACUUAAUUUGUUUCAGAUCUUGAAUAGGCAAAAAGGCACGAGAAUCUUUCAACUGGACCCAAAGUCUCUAUUUUUGGUUAGAUAAAACUUAUUUAAUGUUUAUGUUCCAUAACCUGUUUAUUGUUUUAUUAACUUUUGUCAUACAGUUAUUUAGUUUUAAUAAUUAAAGAGAAAAUUGAUCUAUA